AUGAGAUUUAUCUUUCUUCUACUUUUCCCACCGAUAAUGAUAGCAAGACAAAUGCUUCGUGAUGAGAUCUCUUCACAAAGAAGUGAAGUUUUAAAGGCUCGAGAACGACAUCUUGUUAACUAUUUCGACGGUGUAACGAAGAGGAAAGAAAGAAGAAAAGAUCAAGAAGAGAAAUUCCAAAACUAUCAACUCCCGUCAUCGUAUGGCGGUGGUAGCAGUUAUGGACUUCCUCCUAAACCCUAUAAACCAGAUCGAAUCGGACGCUCGAGGGUGAGCAAAGACUCGGAAACAAAAGAUCGUCAGCUUGUUGCUGGAGUGCCGGACGCUAGUGAUCCAUGCUUUCGACGCUAUGCUAACGCAAUCAUUGUCAAUGCUCAACCAUAUGAAAGACGAUCUUCAACAAAACUGGCGAAAUGCAAGCGUCAUUGUUUGGAGUCACAACUUGGAUUGUACAGUUGCCGAUCUUUUGUCUAUGACAAUGUCAAUCAAGUUUGUGACCUAUUCGCUCAUGUUGGAGAUCAAGCACCAGCUAAAUUGUUGAAAUUCCAAACGAGAGACUAUUAUGAGCCGACUGGAGCAGUGCAAUGUGAUAUCCCGGAAUCAACGAGCACAGUCACGGAAAAUACGUCGACGAUCGAAGCGGAAACACCAGCAGUCACUGAAGAUGAUAUAGUUACUGAUUCCUCAAUCGACAGCCUCACCGAUAUCGACGGUUUUCGGGAUGAUCCCCAUGGUGAACCGAGUACUUAUGGACCAUCUACUACAUCCUAUGGUUCAUCAUCGAGUUAUGGCCCGGUCACCUCAACCACGAAUGAAAAUGAUAUAUCAAUUGAUACUGAGCGGAGUAUUUCUCGAGACUCCUGUGCUAAAGGGAAAACGACGCGAUUCCUUCGCACAGCUGAUUUUGAGCUUUAUAAAAACGAUGAUGUGACAAUCGAUGUUUCGAGUGUUGAUGAAUGCGUUGACGCUUGCACAAAUAAUGAGGUUAAUGAACAACCGCUGGAUUGUAAAUCUUUUGAUUAUACAGAAGGGCAUUGUUCAUUGACUGUUGAGGCAGCUGUUCCCCUUGGCACUGGUCAAUUGAAACAAAAUCGUAAAUCGGAAUAUUACGAAAAAAUUUGCAUUGAUGAGGAAUUGGCUGAAGGUUGCCCGAAAGUUUUCGCGAGAUACCCGCAAAUGAUACUCGUCGGCUUCGCGGAAUCGGUCACUGAUGCCCCAUCGUUCGAAGAGUGUUUCCACAAUUGCCUCAACUCGUUCACACUUUACGGUUUCAAUUGUACCAGUGGGAUGUAUUAUUUUGAGGAAAAUCAGUUGAAUUGUAUUCUGAACACAGAGGAUCGCCAUUCACAGGCUGAUUUAUUUGCUGAAGAGAACACAGACAUUGUUGACUAUUUUGAAGUGGGAUGUCAGAAAAGACCAACAAGGCCACGGGCUUUCGGUUUAAAAACAGCAAAAAGAGAUGAUCCAACAAAAAGCGAGAAGCUGGUAACCGCCGAGGAGACGGCCACUGAAUGGAGUGAAUGUGCGGAUGGAGUGCAGCAUAGACGACGUGAUUGCGCUGACAAGUCGUUGCCGUGUGGCCUCGAGUCACGACCUUGCUCAACUACUGGAGCUCUUGAUUCAAUGAAUAUGGAGAAGUUGAAAAGUGCCAUCAAAAAAUUGAAAUGUCCGGUCAACGUUUGCUGCAAAGUUUUCGACUCUUGUCAGCUUGGUUUGAUGCGGAACAGUCGAAAGCGCAAAGUCGAAUGGUGUCGGCAUCCGUGU